CUUUCUUCUCUCUCUCUCUCUCAUCUUCACAGACAUCAAUUCCCUUUUUUGACUAAAAUUCUCUCUGCUUUUUUAAUCCAAAGUGAUUCUCUUCUUCUUCUCUCUUCACCAAUAUCUCUCCUUUCUUCCUUCCCCACAACAUUUCUUCUCUAAUCUCGUUUGUAUUUUGCAGAGUUAUCUUUUCGUUUGUUCACUCUCUCUCUCUCUCGUGCUCUUGUCAAGUUCUGUUCUGUUCUGUUUUGGUCUGCGGAUGAGUUUAGAUUCCGUCAAAGUAAUGGAGAAAUCGGAAAAAUCUAGUGAGAGCGAGAAGAAGAAGAACAACAAUGUCAGGAACAGUGAAGAAGGUGAAGAAGAAUCAGGAAGAAGUGGGUGUUGGGUCAAAUUUAGAGUUAUGGUUUGUUGCCUACCUUCAACAACUGACGUUGAUACCUCUCCCACCCUCUCCACAACCACUCUGGGAAGUAGUAAGUCUGCAACUGUGAAAUCAAAUGAGCAACCAGCUGGUCCUGUUUCCUCUUCUACAACAGCAACUAGCAAUGCAGAAAGCUCUUUGUCCACUCCAAUGAUCAGUGAAGAACUUAAGAUCUAUUCUCACCUUAAGCAGUUUUCUUUCCUUGAUCUCAAGUUAGCUACUAGAAAUUUCAGACCUGAGAGUCUUCUCGGUGAAGGUGGCUUUGGUUGUGUCUUUAAAGGAUGGGUCGAGGAGAAUGGAACUGCUCCUGUUAAGCCUGGCACUGGCCUUACUGUCGCCGUCAAAACCUUGAAUCUUGAUGGACUUCAGGGUCAUAAAGAGUGGCUUGCUGAGAUAAACUAUCUCGGUAAUCUUCUCCAUCCAAAUCUUGUUAAACUGGUGGGUUAUUGUAUCGAAGAUGAUCAAAGGCUGCUGGUUUAUGAGUUUAUGCCUCGAGGAAGUUUGGAGAAUCACCUAUUCAGAAGGUCGUUGCCUCUUCCGUGGUCGAUUCGGAUGAGGAUUGCAUUAGGUGCUGCAAAGGGUCUCAGUUUCCUUCACGAAGAAGCUCUUAAGCCUGUCAUCUAUCGUGAUUUCAAAACCUCCAACAUUCUACUUGAUGCAGACUACAAUGCGAAACUAUCAGAUUUUGGGCUUGCCAAAGAUGCUCCUGAUGAAGGCAAAACGCAUGUCUCUACUCGAGUGAUGGGCACUUAUGGUUACGCUGCUCCUGAGUAUGUUAUGACUGGUCACUUGACAUCGAUGAGCGAUGUCUACAGUUUCGGUGUGGUUCUACUCGAAAUGUUGACUGGUAGAAGAUCUAUGGACAAAAACCGACCAAGCGGUGAACACAACCUCGUGGAAUGGGCAAGACCGCAUCUCCUUGACAGAAGAAGAUUCUACAGGCUACUUGAUCCGAGGCUGGAGGGUCAUUUCUCUAUCAAAGGAGCUCAGAAAGUGACCCAGCUUGCAGCCCAAUGCCUUAGCCGUGACUGCAAAAUGAGACCCAAAAUGAGUGAAGUGGUUGAAGUCUUAAAACCGCUCCCACUCCUCAAGGACAUGGCUAGCUCUUCAUACUACUUCCAGACAAUGCAAGCUGAGCGAUUGAAAGCUGGGUCUGGGUCUGGUCGUGGGUUGGGGUCAAGAAACGGGCAACCCGUGUUCAGGACUAUGUCUAGUCCUCAUGGCCAAGCUGGUUCCUCACCUUAUCGUCAUCAGGUUCCGUCUCCUAAGCCCAAAGGUGCAACUACUUAGAUAUCAAUCUCAUUUCCUUUAGAGACUGGCUCUUUCUUGUGACGCAAGGGAAGGUCUUUUAACCGAUGUAAAACCAUAUUCUUAACCGAUUUAGAGAGAGAAGGCAAUUUAUGGUGUAUAAGAUUGAUCUGAAAGAAGAUACGAUGUUGUUGAUUCACCUUUGUCACCUCCUUCUAUUGUGUAUACUCUUCAACUUGUGUUAGUGUUUACCUGUUAGGCGGGUAAUGUUUUACUACUUACUAGUCGUUCUCGCAAUUUCUCAGUCGCUUGGCCGACCCAGUACGCAACCAAACCUGACCUAACCUUUGUUAUUAAAUGUGGA